UAAUAAGCCUUCCACGAGAUCAUCGAGAUGCCUCCAAAGAAAAACUCUUCAAAGAUUGGAUCUGAGGCUCUUUCUGAGCUGAAGGAUGACAUCCUUGGCCUGUCAAAAUUGCUAAGUACCAAGCUGUCUCUCCUAGAGACUAGUACCAAGGAUGUCCAACAUGUCCAGGAAGAUCAGACCACGGUCGAAAAUGAGGGGCUGAAGAGCGCAACAGACAAACUUGAAAGCGAAACUGCAGAACUCAAAGCAAGGAACGAAACACUAACCCAUAUGAUAGAGGAUAUCAGCAGUGAAGUCCGCGACUUGGACCAGAGCCGUCGCCUCUUUAACCUCGAGAUAACUGGAAUCCCGGAGCAGAAAGACGAGGAUCCUAGGAAGAUCGCUUUGAUGGUGGCGCAGUUGGUUGACCCGACUAUCAACGGAAGUGAUAUCGACAUCGCCCAUCGAAUCGGUUCGAGGAAAGACGAUCGACCACGGUCAAUUAUCGUACGGUUUUCUAACAGACGAUCAAGAAAUGCCGUCUACAAGGGCAGGUGUAAGCUGAAGAAUAUGUCCAGCAAUGAUAUUGGAAUCAAUGGUCAACCAAGAGACAUCUUCAUUAAUGAAAACCUUGUACCUUCAACCUGGGCGCUGAUGGGAGAGGUGAACGAAGCUAGGAGGGAGGCUGGUUUCAGGUAUCUCUGGACGUACAACGGACAGAUUCAUCUACGAAAGGAUAAAACAGAGUCUCCCAUCACCAUCCGCAACAGAGCAGAUCUAGCCAAAAUCAAGGGCAUGGGAGAGAAUCAACCGCCAUCGAGCCAGAUGCACAACGGUCGUCAACGACUUCGACCGUUCCUCAUCAGCCUCAUCGACAGCGGCAAUGUAAAAGGUCUCCAGUGGCUUGACAAAGAGAAAACGCUCUUCAAGAUCCCCUGGAAACACGCUGGCAAACAGGACUAUGACCCUCAGGAAGACUCCAAGAUAUUCAUGCUGUGGUCACGUAACACCGGUAAAUACAAGGAAGGAAUCCACGAGCCGGAGCCGGCGGUCUGGAAGACACGUCUUCGUACGGCUCUUAACAAACUUCCCGAUAUCGAAGAGAUCCAUGAGAAAACUCAGCUCGAUAUACCUGAACCAUACCGGGUUUACAAGCUUCUACCAAAGAAGACUGGUGGAUCCAAUGUGAAUAAUAAGUCACCCCACCCUGGAUGUCACGAUUAUCCACCCUCGUCAGGUCGAACGCAACGUUCUGCAGGGGGUAACUUUCGUGCCCAUCACUCCACGGGAUCCUACCCCACUGGAAUAGAGUGUCCAGAUAUGCCCCACCCAAGCUACCCAUCGCAUUACCCAUCUAUCUACGACUAUCCGGCUUACCAAAACCCGAUGUGUGAAGUUGGUAUGGGAUAUGGUCUGUCACCGACAAGCGGCAGCCUGUCAGGUUUCGGGUAUUAUCCUCACCACCAGCAGAGCGUCAUGACGACCUCAAGCGGCAACCGUCACCACCCAUACCACCCGUCGGGCCACAGAGCCCACCAUAACUCGACGGGAUCAUCGGUAGGCUCCGUGGCCGAGCUCAACGAGAUCACAGAGGUAAUCAAUGAAGACCUGAGUACAGGCAACAUGAACGACCACCAGGGACAUCAUUACACCAACAUGGACAACAUGGAUGUCGACAUCCAGGCACAAAUGAAGAUGGACUCCAAUACAGCAAUGCAUCAGUACGUCCAGAACAACAACAACGACCCUUCACAGACCAACUACCACGACGCCAUUUCUGUUACAUCUUCUGGAAUUACUCCAUUCAGCAAUUCAGCCAGACAAGUACCGCAUCCACAAAGCUACUCGGUGCGUUCUGAUUACGACCAUCAGCAAGCUUCACCACCAACCGCUAUCAAUGCCAUUACCAUAGCGUCUAACGUCUUGUCCGGAGAGGGCGAGGGUUUGGAGGCGUGCACGGCGGCAUCAGUAGGCAUGCAAGGACACACAAGGCGACCGAUAAAGGAUGAAGACUCACAUUGUCUACCAAGUGAACAUGAAAUGAGCAUACAGAUGUAUUACCGAUCCACCAACGUCGGUUUUCACCAUGUUCAGGCCGAAGGAGGCUGCAUGAUCUACUUUAAAGAGCAUUACGAAGCUGAGGUCCGGCGCAACAUGCAGUUAAUCAAGAUGCCUGAUAUCAAGUCUAUCCCCGAAACAGAGAUCAAGGGCAAACACCGAGAGUACAUCGGCAAGAUCCUUGAUUGCUGCGAUAGAGGGUUGUCUUUGACAUGCCGUGAUGGUUGCAUCUACGUCAAACGUCAUUGUCGCAGCGUUCUAUUCUGGAGUACAUCAGAAGACGGUACAAGGUGCGAGAAACUGGAGCGCGACGUCGAGACCAAGAUCUUUGACCUCAAUCACUUCCGUCAGAGUCUCCGUCAAUAUUACGAAGGUUCUAUCCCAUCUCCCGUCGUCCCAGAGAUCAACUUCAGUAUCGCGCAGAAGCUCUGUGAUUCCUACGAACUGAAAGCAUGUUUUGUCACAUUCGUGGUGAGGCCAUUGCGAGCGGUAGAAGAACUGCGGACACUCAAUGUCGACGCCAGGUCGCUCCCUCACAGCAGCCACAGCGGGUUGCUCAAGUUCUCAGGACCAGAGAUGCACAAUGAUGUCUUCACCAACACCAGUGUGUCUCCUCUUCUUGCUGCUGGCCUGGGACCAUGGGGCGACAUGAGCCCCUACGCUGCGUCGUGCCCCAUGAUCCCCCAGCCACAAAUUCCACAUUGAGAAAGCGAAGACGAUAAAGAAUGGACGAGAAGCAUUUCCGAUUGCAUAUCUUGUAAUUAAAUAUGUAAUCAUCGCUUGUUGUAAAGACCAUGACAGUUCACAAAUUUCAUCGAGUUUCUAUGACCUUGAAUGAAAUUGUGACACGUCGUGGUUGAAGUUGUGAUAUGUAAGAAGCUCGUAUGAAACCAUUGUUCUAAGCCAUCCUUUUCAUUCCCUUUUCAUUGUGUUGCUCUGCAUCCCUCAUUAAAGAGAUCAACUUGCUUUUGACAUUACAUAAAGCGUUGAAGGAAUUUCGCCUGUUACAAUUUGAAAUUGUUGGCAAUGCUCAUUCAAAGUAAGAAAUCUAAACAAAAUGAUGUGACUUGCUUUGACAUGUCUUGACAUUGUUGAUUGAAGAUAAAAAAAACAUCAUUCACUUUUACAUAUAUAUCAUGCACAUAUUGAUCGCUAUUUAUUGUAAAAAUAAACCUUUAGAUUACUCACAUUUAGCACACCAGUGUCAGAGACCACAAUGACAAUUACCUUGAUUAGUGACAUAACGAAACCAACGAAAUAAGACUCCGGACCGUUCAAAACUUUGAUGAUAUUUCGAGUGGCACAUCACCGGUGGGAUUGAGGUCCGUUGUUAAUGUGAUUGAAGCACGUACAACAUUGUAUAAUGCAGGACUUCUGGAUUCUGUAAUAGCACAUCUAUGUGCCGUACUGUACGGCGAUAAGUUACACAUACCAAGAUCUUUUGAAAGAUCUGUUAUAGCGUCUGUGUUCUUUGAUUCAGAGUUGUAAUUGGCCUCUUUACUAGCUGUCCGAAUUCAUUAUUUUCCUUCCGAUUUACUCGCUAACCUGUCAGUAAGAAAAGAAAGAAUGAUAAUUACAAUCCAGUUCCAAAACCAGUUGUUACCAUGGUUCUCUAUCUGGAAAUCCUGCGGCAAGCUUACACGUUGCAUAGAACAAAUUUUGCUUAUAAAAGUAUGAACAAUAUUUGAAAAUGUUAGUAAGCAGGUCUUUGUGAAUUGCAAGGCAAGGUAGUCCAAUUAAGUUGAAUGUGCUUGAAUAUCUUACGCUUAUUAUUUUCCGUUGUUCCACGUUGAUCUUUAUGAUCACUUCCCAAAUGCAUGUUAUAUAUUCAUGUUCUUUUCUUAGCUGUAUAUAUUAUACAAGUCUUUUCAGCGUUUAGCUUGUAAAUUUGUUAAUUUAUUUUAUAUAAAUGUUUGUAUAAAUUUCAUUCUUUACUGGUCUUUAUUUAUGAGGGUAAUGAAAAAAGAAAAAAAAUCUUCGUCUUAACUAGUUGACCUAUCUUCCAAUCGCAUAUAUUUCCAUUAUUUUCAUAGACAGCUGAUAUGAAAAUCUGAUCAAUACAUCUAGGACGUGCCUUAAUCUGAGCAAAUUUUAGGUCGCCAACUCAUGAUAAUAAAUGAUGUAAUUCACACUUUGUAAAUAAAUAUUGUAUAUAUUUCAUUCCAUUGAUUUAUUUUUCUACUAUGUUUUCGAUAGAUUACAAUCAUUCCCAUGGUUAGCUAUCCUGCGGGGAUUCCGCGGAGGUUUUAUAUUCCAUAUACCUAUCAGGGGAAGAGGGUCGUUCCUUCCCCAUUGUAACAAAAUAAUAUCUCAAGAAACCAGCAACCUUCUCAUACAGAUCAAAGUUUUAAGAAUCUAUUAUUUUUUUUUUGUUAUUUUAAUCGUUUUCAUGUGUGAAAAUGGAAUUAUCUCUUAUUGUAUGUUAAAUUGUGAAAAAAAGUAAUGUGCCAAAUUGGAACUAUUGUAAAUAGUAAGCAAAUGUCGAUUUUACAAGAAGAAUAUUCGUGUAUUCCCCAAGGGACAUGUUCAACUGUGAAAGCACUCCAAAUUAAAGCUCAAACUUUGACAGCAUUCAAUCAUAUUUUUACUUGCAUGCACCAACGCAUACGCUGCUGUUUCUUGCUAGAUUGACUUUAAUACGAAAAGGAAAUUAAAUGCAUAACACGCAUCAGCUCCAUGAUCUUGCCACGAAACUUGUAACUAGAUAGCAUUAAUUCGUAAUUUCGCGGAAAAUGCCAAAAAGAUGUAUAUUACAUUUUCUCUAGAUUGUAUAUAUUGCUAACAAGUGAAUCUUUGUAAAGACGAUUAUAAAUUGUAAGCUUAAUGUGUUGUGAAAGAUGAAAUGCUUAAACUUGCCUCUCUUUGAUAUUAAAUGUUAUUUCUUUCUUAUACUUAAUCAACUUUGAGCAGAAAACACCUUCGACAUAUCCCAAUUUGAAAGUGUUCGUUUAGAAAGCACGACAUUUUAUUAUUCUGCGGGCAUAUCAUCGCUGGGGCGGGCUCCCACGAUGUUUGUCUUGUAAAUUGUUCAGUGAAGAAAAUAGUGUAGGAAAACCAUUUUUUGUGCCCAAAUUUAGUCUUUCGAUUAUAAUUUCGAACACUUUGUUAUGUUCAAGGUUUUGUUGGUGCUAUGUGAUCUAGACACGAUACGAAGUUGACCAGUAACUCUCGUUAUCUUGUGUUCAUGUCAGUGGUAGUCAGAAUGUUUAUGUGUUCUUGAGUUUUGUUUGAAGAUAACACAUUAAAAACCAAUGAAAAGCA